GCUGUAGAUAGAAAGCAUUGUAAACUAUUUCGUCUACAUCCAUGCUGUCCAAUGAAAUCUUCAAUCAUUUGGUUGUAGAGGAACGAGUUAUCGUUUUCUGUGAAAAUCUAAAUAUAAAGUACACAGAUAAGAAGAAAAAAUCAACAGGGGGUUCGUUCAUCGCUUCCUUCCUGAGUCAUUUAUCAUGGCUACUAUUCAAAGAUGGCUUCUGUGGCUCAGUGUACAAGAUAGUUCUGCGGUAUUAUUUCGGAAGUUUCACCCUUUCUUUUGCGAUAUAUAAAAGGCUUGAGACUGCUAACAUCAAUGCAAAUGUCCAAUUUUCGUUGCCAUUUUUUAGAUGGUUUCAAAUCGAUUGGACUUUGGUGUCAUUGGUGGAAGUGGUGCGGCCAGACAACACGCUUGAUACGAUAAAGCCCACCAGCAUGGCCAAUACCGGAGAGGAAAACCUGUGCAAAUCUAUCAAGCCUGAUCCAGACAUGGAGAACGCUAUGCUCGUCGACAUUCCAAACCACCACCAGGAAGAUCAAAUCCCUUCGGAGUGUCUAUUUAAGAAUAGCUUUGCAUCAAGGAUGGAAGAGGAUACUUGGAUGCCUAACAAGAGACUUGAAUCCGAUUGUAUCAGCAGUAGUGGAAGAUCUGAGAAGAGUCGAUGUAGCGACGCCAUGGAAGAUGAUCAGAUGGGACAGAAAGAAAUUUCUGAAUCAUUAUCAAAUGGUAUUAACAACCGCGAAACGACAAGUUCCAGUGGCGAUGGAAUGAUUGUCCCGGAUGAUUUAAGGCAAUUUGAUGUCCUUGAUGAUCUCGAGAGAGAUCCUGAUCAUAAUGUCUCAGAUUCAGACUCUGAUACUAAUGAGAGUAUGGAUUCCGAUGUACCGGACGAAGAGAUAGAAGCCAUGCUCGAAGAAGGUCUACCUGAAGAGUUCAAAGGGAAGCGAAAAAACAAAAAAGAUGGCAUGCCGUACGAGGAAAAAGAAAAAUUAGUUCUAGAUGAAAUUGGUCAUAAUCAUUUUGAUGUGCUACCAGAAGGCUGGGUUCAAGUUACUCACAAUAGUGGAAUGCCAUUAUACUUGCAUAAGCAGAGUAGAGUAUGUACCCUGGCCAAACCUUAUUUCCUUGGGCCGGGAAGUGUGCGAAAACACGAAGUACCCGUCAGCGCCGUACCCUGUUUACAAUACAGAAGAGCUCUUCGCGAAGAAGAGGAAGAAAGGCGUAAAGAAAAGGAACGAGAACCUACGGUGGAAGCCUGUAGCUUACCUAGUGCAAAGAUCGAAACCAUUCAGGAAAAUCGAGCAGCUCAUUCUUUGGACAGUGAACAACUCAGGAAUUACUGCCAAACACUGUUCCGCUUUAAAGCGAUCAAAGUCAUGAGAUUUCAGUCCUGGUCGGCUCGCAGAAAAUUCACAAAGAAUAAGAAGCAUCGAAAACAACUGGAACGUCCUACUUUACCAGAUGGUACUAAGCUUAUUACCUUCCCUGUAGGAAGUAGUGGAGUAUCAGGAACUAGUAAUAGUACUGGGGAAGAAGGUGGUGGUCAAAGACCUCCUAAACAUUGGAUAAUGAAUCCGUCAGGCAAGAGUUACGUGUGUAUAUUGCACGAGUAUGUACAGCACGCCUUGAAAAAACAGCCUACUUACAAAUUUAAAGAAUUAGAAAAUGCUGCUACACCAUAUUCAGCAGUUGUUUGCAUAAACGAUAUGGAGUAUGGAAGCGGUUUUGGGAGCAGUAAGAAACAGGCAAAAGCAAAUGCCGCCAGGAAGACUCUGGAAAUCCUGAUACCUCAAAUGCGGGACAAAAUAUCUGGCGAUGCUGCGGGAGAUGGAACGUCUGGUAAUUCCGGGAGGACAAUAAAAGCCUCUCGUGGGAAUUCAGACGCUGAUCUCUCCUUCUUCGAUGAAAUAUCGAUCACUGAUCCUCGCGUCGCUGAAUUCUGCGCCAAGACUACUGAACCAUCGCCACACGCCAUCUUGAUCACUUGUCUUCAGAGGAAUUUUGGCCUAGGAGACAUGCACAUCAAUUACUCUGUAAACACUCUGAAGCAUCAACGUAACGAGUUCACAAUGCGUGUUGGGAAACAUGAAGCUACAGUAGUCUGCAGAAACAAAAAGGAUGGUAAGCAAAGGGCAGCUCAAGCAAUUCUCCAGCGAUUGCAUCCUCAUAUUCAAUCUUGGGGUUCACUCUUAAGACUUUAUGGAUCGCGCAGCGUGAAGUCCUUUAAGGAGAAGAAACAGCUGGAGCAAGAGAUCACUCUGCUGCAAGGUAAGGCUGCUGUGAAUCAGCCAAACCAUGCCAUACUUGGUAAGCUUCGUCAAGAAAUGCGUAAACUUUCGGAGCAGAGGCAGGCAAUACAGCCAAUUGGUAAAUUUGUACCUCCAGAUUUACCAACUGGUUCAGCAGCAAACUUAAAUAACGUUGACUUGUAAUACAAUAUCGCGACAGAGAUCAUUCACUAUCAUUUCAAGUCCAUUAUAUGGUUAAUGAUCACUUCUUCUUUUACCAUUAUUAUAUCAAAUUAGGAUCAAACUGAAAUAUUGUAUAUUUAACAUCAAAUUAAUCUUUCUCUCUGGAAUCAUGGCUGUUGUUACAGGCAACAAGAAUAUUGUAUAGCUUUCUGUACGUCACUUUCUUCUAUCGUACAAAGGACCAAAGUCAAAAAUACAAUCAAUAUGGCUGUAAAAGGACACGAAUCUUUGUUUAUACUCUGUCAUAGAGACAAUAUGGAUAAUCCUAGCUUUCCAUGGAGAUUAUCAUUAAUUGUCAUCUUAUUUAUUGGCAUAAAUAGCAAAUAGUUUCAUGGCAACAGAUUUCUUAGCGAUCAUUUUUAACCAUGCCUGUUCGCCAUUGUACAUUAUUACUCUCAUACCAUCAAGGAGAUAUUGGUAAAUAGAGCCAGCCCCCGUGUAUUCUAUAUUUGAAAUGAAACUUAUGGCACAUCAACUCCCUUAAUCCUUGAACACCACACUGGGUUGCGUACGGCCGGUCUGGCGAUCUUGUCACUCGGGUGCUCGGGCGUCUGCUAAAGUGUGGUGUUUGGGGGUUAGGAACUCUUAUGCUAAUUCCAGUAUACCUCCCAUGCCCCCACUGUGGCCAGCAGCUGUCAGACACAAAAUUUCGCAAGGCUGGCUAUAUAUUAGUAGCUCCACAGUGCUCUUACUCAUGCUUGAUAUCAUGUAACAAAACGUAACAUUAAUUUUGUUGCGCGUUACUAAUUUUAUUAUAUUUUAAUGUGACCGAAGACGUAAUAGAUCGUUUUUGUUACAUCAGCCCUAAAAGUCUGAAGCCCGUUUUAUUUAACGCGGUUCAAUGCAUAAACUCCGUUUAUCUUCAAAAUGCAAGUAUCUGAUUAGCUAAUAGCACAGUUAAACAAAGUUUAUGCAUUAAACCUUGUCGAAGAAAACGGACGUGAUUGUGAUUUUAUCCUUGAUAUCGUAUUGUCCAGAUAAAAUCCCAUAGUCUCAUAAUUAGCCAUUAAUUUCAUGAAUUAUAAGGACUACAAAAAAAUAGAGCAUAAAUUAAAAAUAACAUUGAACUAUACAAUUUUUUUUAAAUAUCUAACUUUCAUAGUUCACAAUAAGGAAAAAGUAUGUUAACCACUUAACCGGAAAUCACGUCUCCCAAAAGUUCAACUAUCUGCGGCCCACAUUUGCUUUGCAGGUUUGGGAAAUGUACGCGGCCCGCUAACUUUUGAUCUAAAAAUAAAUAGUCUGUCGUAAAACAAUUUGCGCCCGUGCAAUCGUCGAUUGAAUGCCAUGUUAAGUGGUUAAUGUUAUACCAAGAGAUGUAUCGAGUAAAAUGAUAAUAUAAAAUAGUGCAGUAUAAA